CAUUUAUAGUAAAUUUAUUUGCAAUCUAAAAUUAUUCAUCACACAGUAUACGGUAUGUGAAACCUCCUGAGGAAUUUAAAUUAAAGAAAAAUGGCUUAGGUUUUAUUCAUGGAGAACAGCCCAGACCACUUCAUCCGCCGUCAUGCAAAAAGCCUGGCUGCUCGUAUUGCUGCUCGCCGCUUGGGGCGCGUCUACAGAACCAAGAAAAAUUCAGCAGGAGGAACAACUUCAGGCAACAUCAAGAGAAACUUUGUUGCAUGAAAUACCUGAAGAAUUUAGUGAUGCUGAAAUUGCAUUAGAAAAAUCAAAAGCGAGAAGUGUUAGUGAAAAAUUAAAUAUAGGUUCCCAUGAUUUCUUCAUGCGGACUUUUGACGAGCAUGCCGGAUCUGAAAGUGAGAAUUAUGAUGGAAAAACUAUUGAAAAUUUAGAUAAAAGUUUACUGAAACAAAAAAUCGAUCAAAAAACGGUAGAUGAGAUUAAGAAAGCUCAAGCCAAUCGCCUAGAGCGCGAUAUAGAUGAUUCGUCCGAAUUAAGUCCAUUGGCAGAUAUGAACGAAUUGUUGAAUAAAAUCCAAUCCACCAUUAAUUUCAACGGAAAAGUCACGAUUCCAACCCCACACCAAAUUGAAGUACAGAACGAAAUAACUGCUUCGUCACAAGCCGAUGACUUCACGACGUCUCCGGCAUUCCAACGAAGAGAAACCGACGCCGGCAGCGUCAGGGCUGUGAAGACAACUGAAAAGUCAACUUUUACUAGUGACACUCAUUCAACAAAGUCAACUCGGUCUAGUGAGUCCCAGUCAACAAAGUCAACUCGCUCUAGUGAGUCCCGGUCAACAAAGUCAACUCGGUCUAGUGACUUACAGCUAGAAGCCACUUCUGUCCCUAAAACCGAUGAUAUCAUGUGUAGAUUUGGGAUUGAUUUUGGCCGAAAACUGUCAUUUUCGGACGGAACUUUCUCUCGCGCUACGUGCUGCUACUGCUACCUUUUCAUCUCAGAGCACCGUAGGCGUUAUAUGCUCAGAGUAAACCGCGCUGCUCACACCUUCCUCUUCAAUAACAGAUCGAUGGAACCCUUUGACCCGAGUAACAAUGUGACCUGGCCAGCCGUGCGAGCUUCUCUCAUAGAUGAUCUGGAGGCCGACAAACUUGAAAGUUGCUGCGCCGAGGCUGUGAAUUGCUGCUCUUUGAUUACCCAAGCUGAGAAUGUCGAGGGCUCGUGCCCAGCUACGUGGGACGGCUGGAGCUGCCAGGCCACGGCGGUGCCCUCAGAUACCCUCGUGCCCGUGCGCUGCCCCGUGCACGCAUACACUGGAUACCCGGAGUGCUACCUUUAUGGAGAGAAAAAAUGUGAAGGCAAUGGAUCAUGGUUCAUGCAAGGGGCGUACGAGUAUACAAACUACCAAGGCUGUUCCAUGGAGAAGUUCCACUCCAUGAACUAUUACUGGGAGAUCGUCGUGAACGCUAUAUCGCUGGUGGCCCUAUCGCCUGCCCUCUUGGUGCUGCUAUGCUACAAGAAGUUGCACCAACACCGCUUCUAUAUGGUCUUCAAUUUGCUACUGGCGUUAUUUCUCCGAAGUUUAUUACAAAUCCUGGAGCUGGCGAUCAUCAAAAUACCCGAAAAUCUCAAUAUAUCAACGAUACUGGAAGAUAACGCGGCCGGCUGCAAGGUGCUGGUGAGUCUUCGGAAGGCGGCGCUGCUCUCGGUCUGGUCGUGGAUGCUGGCCGAGAGUGUCUUCCUCUACCGCCUCAUCGCCCGAGCCUUCCAGACUGUCAGGAGUGUCAAGAUAUACGUUAUCUGCGCCUGGGGAGGCGCCAUUAUUUUGACGGCUGUGUGGGCAACUUGCCGGGCGUUGCUGGAAAACUAUCAGUGCUGGCUGGGCGACCACAAGGGGGACCCUUAUAAACUGCACCUCAUCACCGACAUCCCGGUGCUGCUCUCCCUUCUAGUGAGCGUGGGGCUGUUGGUGCACAUGGUUUGCAUCCUGCACAUGCAACUGAGAGGCCGCCACGACAGCGAACAAGAGGCCAAAAAGAAAGUGGCUAAGGCGACGUUGUUCUUGGUGCCAGUUUUCGGCGUUCAGUUCUUACUGACAUCCGUGGCACCUACGAACGUAUCUUGCGUGGGUCUUCAGGCAUAUUUAUUUAUUGCCUACGCCUUGACUGGGCUACAAGGAUUGCUUGCUUCGGUGCUCUACUGCUUCUCCAACAGAGAUGUAAAGCUUCAACUCAGAGGUACGUGGGAACAGCUUCUCUCUACCUGUUGUCCUCGAUUUAUCCGAGACGGACGCAGACCCGGUGACAGCAGCGUCGCUGAGCCUCAGACCAACUUCAGUACAGUCAACUCCGACACCGACGCGGCAACCGGUGACCGUCCGGCUGACGUCAUGGAACUCGAACCUUUGAACAGGAAGCCUUAAGAUGUUCAGUACAGUCAAGUACUUACGCUCUAUUUUCUUGUCUAUCAUUGGUGGAUUUUGAUUGA